AUGAAAGCAUUAACAGCAGCAGCAGCAGCAGCAGCAGCAGCAGGUGCAGCGCAGUGCAGCAAAGCGCAGCAAGUGCAAGCUCAAUUGCAGAAGCCGCGCAUCAGAGACAAGAUGAUGUGUCUUGCCGACUCGCCUUCAUUCGACCAUCUCUACCCUAGAAACCUUGUCCAGCUGUUCGAAGGCACUACCCAGUUAUACCCAGUUACACAACAGCAUUUAGCUGUCGCACUGUCGUUGGCCGACGUGGGGUAA